AUGAACCACGUGGUUGAAUUCCGGCGAAGGAGCAAGACGGCGCCGGCCGCCAAGCUCCGAGAGAUAGAGGUCCUGAUAAUCUCGGCGCAAGACCUCAAGGACGUGAAGCACGUAACGCAGAUGAGACCUUACGCGGUGGUGUACGUGGAAAAGGACGUGCACGUAGCGAGGACGCGCGUGGACGAGCAGGGCGGCACCAACCCCACGUGGAACGAGGUGGUGAGGGUGAAGUUCCGGGAGGAGAUGGCGGACAAGGAGCACGUGCUGGCGGCGGUGAACGUGGACAUCUACGCCCACGGGCACGUGAGGGAGAAGCCGGUGGGGAGCGCCAGGGUGCUGCUCUGCGACGUUUUGAAAGGCGGCGAUGCCCGAGAGCCGGCGGACAAUCCGAUACAGUGCUUGACAGUUCAGGUGUGGAGGCCGUCCGGGAGGCCUCAGGGGCUGCUCAACCUGUGGGUCCCUCCCACCGGGAGGUUCUUGAUAAGGAGGGAGUCGUUGUCGUUUAGUGUGAGGGAGGCGGCGGAGGAAGAGGAGGAGGAGGUGGUGGCGGUGAAAGGUGGUGAAGAGGAGUAG